AUGGGUGUUUGUUAUUCUUGCAAUGCAUCCUCAAUAUUAAAAAACAUGAUAAGAGUAGUUCAUCUGGAUGGUUUUGUGGAAGAUUUUCAUCAACCAAUUUCAGCAUACCAAGUUAUUGGAAAUCAACCAAAACACUUUGUUUGUACUUCAAUACAGCUUCUUUCAUCAUCCUACAAACCAUUGAAACAAGAUAAUAGUCAACUCAAACCUGGUCAACUGUAUUUCAUGCUACCAUACUCAGUACUCCAAGCUGAUGUGUCUCCUGUGGAUUUGGCUUGCCUAGCCAAAAGGCUCUCUGCAAAAGCCAAAGCCAAAAACAAACCAUGUAAUUACAAUAAGUCUCCAACAGUUAUUCUUUUACCUUCAACGAGUCCUUGUAGAGUUGGGAUGGAAGAGAAAGUUAUGAUGAAUGGAGGAAGAAGAAGCCCUUGUAGAAUGCAGUCAUGGAAACCAAUCUUGGAAAGUAUAGCAGAGAAAUCACUCAACAGGAGAAGUGAAUCAGAUUUGCAAGACAUUAGUAUUAAUGUUAACAAGACAUGUACGUGUGAAUGA